AUGAGCAAUGUUCGAAAGUAUCGAAUGCCAGAGGCCAAACUGAUUGGCCAGUUGUCCAGGAUUUUGCUGAAGUCUUGUUCAUCCAUAUUAGCACGUCGGAUACUAUUAUUAUUAUUAUUAUUAUUAUUAUUAUUAUUAUUAUUAUUAUUAUUAUUAUUAUUAUUAUUAUUAUUAUUAUUAUUAUUAUUAUUAUUAUUAUUAUUAUUAUUAUUAUUAUUUUGCGUCCAACACUGCUUUCUGAACCUAAUGAUGAUUUCAGGACUCACAAGCAGUAGAAACCCUCUCUAUGUGCAUAUUUUGACGCACUUUGAGGAACACUAUUUUCGUCUUUUUGCUCCAUUGACAGAUUUUCUCCACGCGUACUCAUGA